AUGAGCACGACGCCCGAGGCGCAGGCCGCGACCGCGGCGCAACCCGCGCCCACCCCUGCGGCCGCCACCAACGGCAAGGCCGAGAAGGAGGUGAAGCAAAUGAAGUGGACCUACGAGCGCGACGUGGCUCUCUUGACGCAAGUCGCCGCCGCCGGCCCGCUCGCCUGGCUGACGUCCAAGAUGGGCUACUCCGGCGACCCCGAGCGCACGUACAACCAGGGCGCGGUCUGGGACAAGGCCGGCGAGGGCAUCAUCCCGCAGAUCAAAACGCACGAGGCCUUCGCUGGCGUCACCACCUUCCCCGCGACGACCGCCUUCAUCGUCCACACGAAGCGAGUCGUGCAAAGCAAGGCCAACCUCUACAAGUCGGGCGGCGAGCAGGCCGAGGACGCGCCGGCAGGCAGCCUGGGCACCAAGAACGAGGAGCUCUCCGAGCUGGACCAGCUCAUCAUUGAGGUCGGCACGGCGAUGGAGGAGGCGGAGAGGAUCGGGUGCGCAAACAAGGAGGGCAAGGCUCAGGCGGACGCCGACGCGAUGCAGGACGCGCUCGCGAAGCGCACGUACCCCAAAGACGGCGACCCCGGCAAGAAGGGGAAGAAGAAGAAGACGGCCGCCUCGCCGAUCACUCUCAAGGACUACGCGCGGACGAUCGGGCGCGACUACAACGACCUCUACCAGGAGCUCGUCGACGGCGACAUGACGCUGCCCGGCUUCGUCUUCGUGGACCCGGCCGCCGAGGACGCGCCCUCCGCGCCGCUGCUCCAGUUCUUCAACGCGAAGGCCUCCUACAUGGAGAGCAAGGCCUCGCUCGACGCCAAGAAGGAGGACAACCGGGCUCGCGAGCGCGCGCUGGAGCUCAAGUUCCAGGAGGAGAAGCAGGCCGCGCAGGCCGAGGUCGAGCGCAGGCGCGAGGAGCGCGCCGCCAGCGCGCAGGCGGCCUCCAACGCGGCCGUGCAGGCCGCGCAGGCCGCGCAGGCCGCGCAGGCCGCGCAGAUGUCGACGCUGCUGGCCACGAUGAUGAAGCAGCAGGAGCAGCAGAUGAAGCUCAUGGCGGGCUUCGCCAGGAAGGCAGGCAUCGUGGACGACGACGAGAACGAGCCCUCGAACGAGCCCUAG